AUGCUCGGUCAACCUGGCCUUACACGUCCACAACCGUUCACGCUAGAGGGUGAAGGCGAUCGAGUACUAUCCAAGCGCAAGCUGGACGAGCUUGUGCGUCAGGUCACGGGCGGUAGCAGCAACGAUGAGUCCAAUCUGUCUCCAGAAGUCGAGGAGAAUCUUCUCACUCUGGCUGAUGACUUUGUGGACGAGGUCAUCACCUCUGCAUGCAAGCUUGCCAAACUACGUCCCGGCAACAGUCUGGAACUGAGAGACAUUCAGAUGGUGCUCGAACGCAACUGGGGCAUCAGGGUGCCCGGGUACAGUCUGGAGGAGGCCAGGACAGUUAAGAAGUUCCAGCCUGCCGCCGGAUGGCAGAGCAAAAUGCAGGCGAUACAGACGGCCAAGACAUUGGCUGAAAGCGAGGCGUGA